AUGUUAUUUGAGCGGGGGCCGCGGGCCUCGGCGAUCGCAGAACGGAGGAUGCAGAAAGCCGCCUACUACGACAACGCGGGGCUCUUCGGGGGCUACACCUACAGCAAGGCCGACGCCUACCCCUACGGAGCGGCCCACCAGCCCUACGGCCAGGCCGGCCUGGACAGCGAGUACCCUGGGUCCGCCUGCUCCGUUCAAGGCUCGGCGCCCCCCCGUGCCCCGGCCCACAAGGGCAGCGAGCUGAGCGGGAGCUGCAUGCGGACGGCCGGGGGCGGCCCUGGGGGGAGCCAGCCCCCGGGCAUCAGCGAGCAGCAGCCCACGGCUUUGCCGCCCUCCUCCCCGCCAAACCCUCCCCCCAGCGCGCCCCCUCCGAAAAAAGCCAAGGGGGGGCCCAACUCCUCGGGCUCGUCCACCGCCACCCUCAGCAAGCAGAUAUUCCCCUGGAUGAAGGAAUCCCGGCAGAACUCCAAGCAGAAAAGCACCUGCGUCCCCUCAGGAGAGAGCUGCGAGGACAAGAGCCCCCCCGGGCCGGCCUCCAAGAGGGUGCGCACAGCCUACACCAGCGCGCAGCUGGUGGAGCUGGAGAAGGAGUUUCACUUCAACCGCUACCUUUGCCGGCCGCGCCGGGUGGAAAUGGCCAACCUGCUGAACCUGACCGAGCGACAGAUCAAGAUAUGGUUCCAGAACCGCCGGAUGAAGUACAAAAAGGACCAGAAAGCCAAAGGCAUCAUGCACUCCCCAGUAGGACAGUCCCCCGACCGCAGCCCCCCCAUGAGCGGCCCGACCCACGGCGGCUACUCCAGCCAGCUCCCCAACGUCAACAGCCUCAGCUACGACGCACCCUCGCCCACCUCCUUCGCCAAGUCCCAGCAGAGUAUGUACGGGCUGGCCGCCUACACGGCGCCGCUCAGCAGCUGCCUGCCCCAGCAGAAGCGCUACGCGGGCGCGGAGUACGACCCCCACCCCAUGCAGAGCGGCGGCGGCGGCUUCGCCAACCCCAGCCUGCAGGGCAGCCCCGUCUAUGUGGGGGGCAAUUUCGUGGACUCCAUGCCGGCCUCGGGCCCCAUGUUCAACCUGGGGCACCUGCAGCACCCUUCUUCCGCCAGCGUGGACUACAGCUGCGCCGCCCAGAUCCCCGGUGGCCACCACCACGGACCUUGCGACCCCCACCCCACCUACACGGACCUCUCCUCUCACCACACCUCUCAGGGACGGAUGCAGGAGGCACCCAAGCUCACGCAUCUGUAGUGGGACGGCGGCCGGCGGGGCCCGCUCCCCUCUCGAUUACCUCACUUUUCUGACGGGACAGUGUGACUUUGCUCUCGAGUGCCAACAGUGUUAGUGGAUUUGUCUCCCCUAGCAUUCCCUUCUUUCUUCUCAGCCCAGAGUAGGUACGUGAGCAGGAGCCUUUUUCUUAGAGCUGUGUUAAGCAUGACAGUGCAAUAUACCACAAACCGAGGGGACUGAUAAGCUGGUAAUGAUGUACUUGAAGGUAAGUUUUAGAGAUGCCGUAGAGUUAGCAGCGCGUCAUGCUGAGGUGUUUUAGACCAGUCGUGAGCUGUGGGAAGUCGCCCGCGCCUAAGCUGAUUUCAGAGAAGUUAAUUUAUGAAUUCUUCCGUACCCUAAGGAUCGCAUCGGACUAAAUGAUACUUAUUUAUUAUUUUAAGCGAGACAUUUUUGU